CCACCAUGCAGCUGCUCCUCUCGGCUUUGAUCAUAGCACGAAGCUACAAGAUAUAUAGAGACUUGGUUGCAUCGAUGUUGUUGCCAUCAUCAUGCACAAGAUCCCCAUCAAUAAUGUAGUCCUCUUCCUGAUGGCUCUCCUGUACAGCGGUUUGAGCUGGUAUCAGUUUCAUUCUCUGUUGAAGACCGAACGGCCCUGUGGGAUCCUUGGCUCUUCUCCCUGUUCGGAUGAAACAACAACUGUUCCUGUUCCACCCAAUGAUGACUACAAUCUUCCGUCCAGAAAUCAGGAGACUGCCUCCAAGGGCACAAGAGACACGAAUUCUCAACAGAUAAUUGCCUCUGGGAAACAGGUACUCUCAGAGCCAGAAUCGGCUGCCGUCCAAGAGCUCCAGGGCACUUCAUCGGUACUGCAACAACGAUCCGUCACCUCUACUACCACCACCACCAUUCGAGACUACGUGAAGCGAGCCAUCAAUGGUCGCUUAGUGGAGAUUCUCUAUUGGAAUGAAAGUGGCCAGUUGGAUUUGCCGCCCUUGGUGGAACAAUGUCAAUUUCGCAACCAUACCGAAGCGGCUCAUUGGCCCUUUUACCUGUCCAAUCUGAAAUUGCCGUCUUCACAUAUUAUUAAGGGAAGUGGUAUCUUGGCAUUGUUUCCCACGUCGGACAUGACCCGCUACACCAUAUACAAUUGGUCCGUACCGGCUCCCAUUCCACUAUUGGCGCAUACUCUGCCCGAAGCUAUUGUAAAGCAGCAGUAUCCCUGGAUUCGACUCUUGCCGACGCCGUACGAACUCCGGGGCGAUGGUCGACGAUGGGUCCAUCGCGUACGGCGCUUACAGCCUCCCUGGAACAAACCUUUUGCCGAACGAAAACAACAAAUUGUCUAUCGCGGUUCGAUUACCAUGAAUUGGAUCCGUCGUCUCGUCUUUGAAAUGGGACAAGAUCCCUGGAAUCAUUAUUGGCUCAAUGCCACUUCUUCUUCUACCAAUCAACAACAACAAACCAUGCCGCAACGCGAACAAAUCAAAUUUCGCUAUCAAUUGGAUAUUGGUGGCAUUUCGGGAACCACCUGGACGUCGUUGCGAUGGAAGUUGUGCGAUGCCGGAUCGUUGGUAUUCAAAGUCGAGACGGGAUUUGUCGAUUGGUGGCAUGCAUACCUUCGACCCUUUGAACAUUAUAUUCCCGUCAAACCGGACUUGUCCGAUUUGUUUGAGCAAUGGCAAUGGGCCCAACAACACAGAAACGAGUCGCAGCGAAUUGCCGAACAAGGAGCCAAGAUUUGUCUGGAAACCACAUCGACCGAUGCCUUGCGAAACUAUACGCUCCAACAACUUUCCUCCUUGCCAACGGCUACACUCGAACAGUAUCAAGAAUACCAAGCUAUACUGGAUGAUAGUCGACAACGAUACCAGCAAGGGGUCCCGUCGUUGCCCUUUUGCAAUGAUUCGGGAUUUCCCAGAGAAAAAAUAUAUCCAUGUCCACCCCAACUCGCCCCGGAGAAUAUAUGAUAUGUGACUAUUGCUUGGCUGGCUGGCUAUAUAGCCAUAUAGUGGGGAUACGUUGCCUCCAACCUAUGUGCAUGGACUCAAAUGGCACGCAUGGACUUGCGCAUCAUGCCACACAUUUGAGCAGUCCUCGGUCGAUUGGGUUGCAGGACCUUCUUGACGAGGAAGAUUUAUGCAGCUUCCAGAAGAGAGCUGAAAACCAGCAUGAGCUUCUGUGGUUGUACCGUACCGUAUGCAUGGCAGAGCGGCUGUAAAGUGGAUGCAGUUGUACAAGCUUUCCUAGCUACUAGCCAGUUGGUGUCGAUUCGAUUCGACCAACAAAUCCUGCAUGUGGGUUCUGGUAGUCAGCACGCGGGAUGCGGGAUGAACUGCGCCCUCGAACAAUAAUGGAAGAAGAGGCACUACGGUAGUAUCGACGCUGCUAUUUAUUCGGCCUACUAUAGGUUGAUUUCAUGGUCUGCUACCUAGCUAGUGCAUGCUUGCUGAUCCAUAGACUUUUUGAACAGACCAUAUCGAGACUUCACGAACGAACUUGGCAAAGCCCUCUCGUACGGGUACAUGCUUCAGCACUACCGUACUGUUUGGAUCUGUACCUAGCUAGCAGCAGACCUUAUUCUUUCGUUCUCCUAUUUUUACAGUUUAUAUUAUUUUUGCUGUUAAGCUGCAUAACAAUGGGUAGUUACGGUAAACCUAGGGUUAACGUUAUAAAUUUAUCAA